GAUUAGAGAAUUGACUUUGGUGCCUCAAAAGCAGCACGCAAAUUAGAGAAUUAUAAGAAAGCAAAUAAAGAGAGAUAACCAAAGUUUUAUUUCUUGUUUCCUCUCUUCCUUAAUUAUGGGAAACAACAAAUCAGAAAGUGAUAAUGAGAUGGAAAUUGAUCUCAGCUUGAAGCUUGAUGCUGGAGAAGAAGAAAAUGAAGAAAACCAAAUUGGAGAAUCAUCACAAGUGAACGAGAAGACACAAGGAAAAGACCAAGAAUUACCAAAAGUUGAUCCAUCAUCAGCUGGAAGCUCAAAAACUGAAGAGUUAUCGAUGUUGGAAAUGGAGAUGAACAGGAUGAAAGAGGAGAACAAGGUAUUAAGGAAGGCAGUGGAGCAAACAAUGAAAGAUUACUAUGACUUACAAGCAAAAUUCGAAAUUAUUCAUCAAAAUAAUCCCAAGGAUCACAGAGAUUUUCUUUCAUUGAGUGGAAAUGAUGAUGCAAGUGAAGGAUUAACAAGGGGUCCAAAAACAUUGGGUAUUGUUAAUAGAACUUCAUCACCAAUAUCUCAAGAAGAUGAUACUAUGGAUGGUGAAUUAGGGUUAUCUUUGACUUUGGUAAGUAGUAACAGCACUACAGCAAGCAAAUUAGUAGAAAUAGAAGAAGAUCAAAGAAAGGAGAAAAAAGAAGAUCAUCCUAGAAUUACUCAUCAAAUACAAAAUAAACCACAUGGAGGUUUAACAAGCCAUGUGACUACUGCUUCUCCUCCAAACAGGAAAUCUAGGGUUUCAGUCAGAGCAAGAUGUGAAUCAGCUACAAUGAAUGAUGGCUGUCAAUGGAGGAAAUAUGGUCAAAAAAUUGCUAAAGGAAGUCCGAAUUGUCCCAGAGCUUACUACCGCUGCACGGUGGCGCCGGGUUGUCCGGUGAGAAAGCAGGUACAAAGAUGUUUGGAAGACAUGUCAAUAUUGAUCACAACAUAUGAAGGAACACAUAAUCAUCCACUUCCAGUGGGUGCAACAGCAAUGGCAUCAACAGCAUCAGCAGCAGCUUCCUUCAUGUUAGUGGAUUCAAGUAUUAGCCCUCUUCUUAAUUCCAAUUCCAACUUAAACCAAGCACUUAAUUUCCCUAGUUACCAUAAUAAUACUCCUUAUUAUCACCAUAUUCCAAGCUCUUCUUCUUCUUCGCCUUAUAACUUUUCCAAUUUUAGAAACAACAUCCUUAAUUCUAGUGAUCACAAUUCACAAGGGAACAUAGUUCUUGAUCUCACCAAGAAUAUUUCUAAUAACCAUCAAUUUCCCUUUGCAAGUUCUUCUUCAAACUCUCAUGAAAUGGGCCAUCCUAAUUGGAUGCCUAAAUUACCGAACAAUAAUUAUGAAGGAAACAACCUUUUUGCUGGUCCUAAGUUACAGGGUGAUCAUCAUUACCAACACAAUAGUAAUAAUAAUAAUAAUAAUCCUAUGUUGGCUCAUGAAAAUAUGAGUGCCAUUGCUUCUGAUCCUAAGUUUAGGGUUGCUGUCGCCGCUGCUAUUUCUUCACUCAUUAAUAAAGACCAAACCCAUUCAUCUGGUCAUGGAGAGAGCAAUGGUGGCUCUAUUAGGAACACAGAUUCUUGAUACAUAUACAAGGUGGAAUGACACUAGGUACGCAAGUCUCGGCAGAAAUGACAUUCAAGAUUUAAAUUUGAUGAAUUAUAUACCUUGAGGGUGCUUAGCAUCUAACUCAUUGUAAUUUUAAAAUUAUGAUUCAGAUAUUAUAUUUGUUAAAAUUUUAGUACCUUUUCUUACAUACAAAUUAUAUGUUUCCAUGUCAAAAAUACUGGAUUCAAUUGAACCCAUAUUGCACGAAGGUUGCAUCUGCAUCUGAUCUUAGGAGAGUAAUACUGGAAUGUGUAGAAGUAGUCAAUGUGUUUGCAUUGUACAUUUUCUUCAAAAAAGAAAGACUUACUAGGUUAA